AUGGGAUAUAUGGAAUUUAGCUGGAAGGCAGUAGCAGCAGUAGCAGCAGCAGCAGCAGGAGCAGCAGCAGCAGCAGGAGCAGCAGUAGCGGCACUCAUCCCACCGGCAACACCAACAAGGACGACGAGGGGAAGACGGAGAGGGCAGUAUGAAAUGCCAUUCGCGCCCUAUCCCCGUUGCAAAACUGGAAUUCGCAAAUUUGAACUAUUUGAACGUUUGUAG